AUGCCAGCGCUAGCUGCUAGCGUGAGGCUGUUCCGGCCGGUGCGAGUGACUAGUCGCCGUGCAGGGGACGUGAUGUCGGGCGCGGCGAGCGGCGGGGAGGCGCACGCGGGGGUGCUGCAGGAGUUGUUCGGGCGCCACUGGUGGACCAGCCGGGAGGUGGUGCUGGUGGCAGCCGCGGCGAUUCUCCUGCCCCGUGUGCUCCGGAAGCGUGUCGAUUCGCUCAUGUUCACGUCGGCCAUCUCCAUCCUACUGGCGGUAGUGUUCAUGCUCAUCAGCUUGGGGAUCGCGCUGUACGCGCUCUUCAAGGGCACUGCAACCAUGCCGCGGAUGCUCCCGGACUUCUCCAGACUCUCCUCGCCGUUCGAGCUCUUCACCGCCGUACCCGUCAUCGUCCUCGCAUUCACCUUCCACUUCAACGUGCACCCGAUCCGCGCGGAGCUGAGCAAGACGUCGGACAUGAAGACGGCCGUGCGCAUCUCCCUCGUGCUCUGCGCCGCCAUCUACGCCGCCGUGGGAUUCUUCGGGUACCUCCUCUUCGGGGACGCCACCAUGGCCGACGUGCUCGCCAACUUCGACCGCAGCUCCGGGGCCGGCGUCCCGCAGGCGCUCAACGACGCGGCGCGGCUCAGCUACGCGCUGCACCUCGUGCUCGUGUUCCCGCUCCUCCUCUUCUCGCUCCGGGUCAACGUCGACGAGCUCCUCUUCCCGGGCCGCCGGCCGCUCGCCGCGGACACGCGCCGGUUCGUGUCCCUGACGGCCGUGCUCAUGGCGGUGCUCUACGCGCUGGCCAUCGCGAUCCCCAGCAUCUGGACGCUCUUCCAGUACUCCGGGUCCACGUUCGCGGUCACCAUCUCGUUGAUCUUCCCUGGCGCCAUAGUUCUCAAGGAUGUUCAUGGAAUAGCGAAGCGCAAGGACAAGGCAUUGGCGGCAAUGAUGAUCAUUCUGGCCGUGGUCACGAGCAGCAUCGCCAUUGCCUCGAACAUCAUGAGCUCCAUCAGUGACAAAGUCCGAGGAGGUCAUGCCAACCGCUUGAAGAUUGCUGUUAUUCUUCCUUGCAGCGAGAUUGCUUCGGCCCAUGAGAUGCAAGUUUAG